AUGGCUCCAGGCGGCAGAGAUUUACGUGACUCUGCAUCACCUCUGUUGAGCCCAUCCAGUGUUGAAGGUGAUGCUAUCAAAGUGUACGUGAGGGUGCGUCCACCUUCGGAGGGAGCUGCGUUAACCGAUGGAGACCAUGGCUUGUGUUUAUCUGUUCUUUCCGCAAAUACCAUCCGGCUGCAUUCGAAGCCUGAGCCCAAGAUCUUCACUUUUGAUUAUGUUGCAAAUAUGGAAACAACACAGGAGUCGGUGUUCUCAAGUGUGGCCAAAAAUAUUGUCGAAUCUUGUAUGAAUGGCUACAAUGGAACCAUCUUUGCAUAUGGCCAGACUGGGUCAGGAAAAACCUUCACCAUGAUGGGACCAUCUGAUUCUGAUAACUUCACUCACAGUCUGAGAGGUGUCAUUCCACGGAGCUUUGAGUACUUAUUUUUUCUAAUUGAGCGUGAAAAAGAAAAGGCUGGCAGUGGAAAGAGUUUUCUCUGCAAAUGCUCUUUUAUUGAAAUCUACAAUGAGCAGAUAUUUGACUUGCUAGAUUCUGCAUCAGCUGGACUCUUUCUCAGAGAACACAUCAAGAAGGGAGUCUUUGUUGAUGGGGCUGUUGAACAGGUGUUGUCAUCUGCUGCUGAAGCAUACCAGGUAUUAACCACGGGCUGGAGAAACCGUCGUGUAGCAUCAACCUCGAUGAACAGAGAAUCCUCAAGAUCACAUGCAGUUUUCACUAUCACAGUGGAAUCCAUGGAGAAGAACAAUGAGAUUGUUAACAUUCGGUCUUCCCUGCUCAACCUGGUGGACUUGGCAGGAUCUGAAAGACAGAAAGACACCCACACAGAAGGACUGAGGUUAAAGGAAGCAGGUAAUAUAAAUCGAUCACUAAGUUGCCUGGGCCAAGUAAUCACAGCACUUGUUGAUGUGGGUAAUGGAAAGCAGAGACACAUUUGCUACCGGGAUUCCAAGCUCACCUUUCUGUUACGGGAUUCCCUGGGUGGUAAUGCAAAAACAUGUAUCAUUGCAAAUGUUCAUCCAGGAGCCAGGUGUUUCGGUGAAACACUGUCCACCCUUAAUUUUGCUCAGCGAGCAAAGUUGAUUAAAAACAAGGCUGUGGUGAAUGAAGACACACAAGGAAAUGUGAACCAGCUGCAAGCUGAGGUCAAGAAGUUGAAAGAGCAGCUCGCUCAACUUACUUCAGUGCCAUCUAUGUGUCAUAUUUCUGUGUCACAAGGUGCUGUUGAAAAGGGGAAGAACAUCAAUUACAUGAACAACUUUCUUGAAGCAAUGUUGUUCUGGGAGAAAUCAGAAAGUGAAAAGAAGAAUUUAUUAGAAAAAAUUGCCCAGCUGGAAGAUUUGUGUGCCAAGAAGGAGAAAUUUAUUCAGUCCAAUAAAAUGAUAGUUAAAUUCCGUGAAGACCACAUUGCUCGCUUGGAGAGAUUACACAAAGAAGAUGGUGGAACUUUGUUGCCAAAAGAGCAAGAUGAUCUCCUCAGUGAAUUGAGGAAGGAAUUACAGACACUCAGAGAACAAAUGGAACAACACCCUCGAAUUGCCAAGUAUGCCAUGGAGAACCAUAACCUCAGAGAGGAGAAUAAGAAGCUUCGCUCUUUACAGUCAGUCAAAAAGGCUCAAGAAAUUGAUGCUCAGACCAUUGCAGAGCUAGAAAAAGCAUUUUUGGAAGCUUCAGCCACAGAGAAAAACAAUGGAGGUCAUCAUUUAUAUUCCACCACUGUAUCAGCAGAAGGCAACUCCCUGGCAUCUAUUGAAAGGCUGAAAACACGCCUGCUGCAGACUCAAAGUGAACUGGCAAGCUCAAAACAAGAAUAUGAAGAAUUUAAAGAGUUAACCAAGAAAAAGCACAUGGAACUGGAAUCUGAGCUUCAGUCCCUUCAGAAAGCAAACCAACAUCUCGAAAACAUUCUGGAAGCAACCAAAGCACACAAGCGCCGAGAAGUCUCUCAGCUACAUAAGCUACACAGAGAAACUCUGAAGAAUAUAACGACUCCCACAAAAGCUUACCAGCUCAGAUCUCGCCUGGUGCCACGGAUAAGCCCAGAAAUCUUAGAUUAUCAUUCUGAAGAUUUUCAGUGUUCUGAAGAGUCCAUGGAUGACAUUUUGAAAGAGCCAGUUCCCUCAGAGAUGAAUGAACAAGCACACGAGGCCAUUGCCGAGGAGCUGAAAGUGGCACAGGAACAACUGAGCACAAUGCAGACAAAGCUGGAUGAAGAGGAGAGCAAGAAUAUAAAACUCCAGCAGCAUAUUAAUAAACUGGAGCAUCAUUCUGCACAAAUACAGGAGCUUCUUUCAUCUGAAAGGAAUGACUGGAGUAAAGACCGCCAGGAGCUCCUCGAACAGAUAAAAUCGCUCGAAAAGCAAUUUCAAGACAGUCAAAGCAAGACUGAUAUAUUGAAAAGUGAAGUCUGUGACUUGCGCAUUGUCCUGCAGUCUGCAGACAAGGAGCUGUCUGCUGUAAAAUCAGAAUAUAGUGCCUUUAGGGAAAAGCAAGAGAAAGACAUGAGUCAGCUUUCUGGUAGACAUAUGGAUGUGCAGUUCCAGCUGGACAGCGUCAGGCUAGAACAUGAGAAAAUUCUUGAAGAAAAAGCAAGCCUGCAGGAUGACUAUGACAAUUUGCAGGAAGUAGCAAAAUUUGAGACAGAUCAGCUGAAGCAACAGCUUGAGGACAGAAGACAAGAAGCAGAAGCAAUGAAAACUGAGCUUUGUAACCUUUUGAAACUCCUGAAAACAGAAAAAGAACAUAAUGAAAAGCUAACAUUACAGUUACAAGAAGACAAAGAAAACAAUUCAAAGGAGCUCUUGAAAGUACUUGAAAAAACACAGGUGGAGAAACCAUCUUCUGAAUUGGUGACACAGUGUGAGCAGCAGGAAGCAAAACUGCAGAAAUUGGAACAGGAGCUGGCUGCUGCUCGAGAGAACAUUGUUUCUUUGAAGAAGACAAACGAUGCAGAUAAGGAAGUUGUAACUGACCUGAUGACACAGAUCCAGGAACUGAGGUCUUCAAUUAAUCACAAAACCGAGUCCAUAGAUGGGCUGACGAGAGAGCUCGAGGAUAUCAAUUGUAAGUAUCAUCUUGUCCUGGCUGCAAAAGAAGAAAGCAAAAGAAUCAUCCAGGAUCAGGAAAAGAAAAUUGAAGAACUGAGGGAAACCUUAGAGAGAAGACAAACAGCUGAUAACAUUGAGAGGGACCUUCUGUGUGAAGACUUGCAUCAUACCACUGAUCAGCUGAUACGACUGACAGAAGCCUCUAAGAAACAUGAUUCAUUGCUUCAGUGUGCCCAGGAAGACAUAAAAAAGAAAGAAGCUGUAAUCCAGGAACUCAGGGAACAGUUGGACAAAAUGACAGAAGAACUGGAGAAGAGGAAGAACGAAUAUGAACUAAAAAUGAAGCAAAUAGAUUGCUUUGUGGACUCAUCUUUGGUAACAUUUCCACAGUGUCCAAAAACUCCCCCUAAUUUUGAUGUGAAUUUGGCAAAACUCUUGGAAACCCACGAGCAAGAAAUAGCUGAACGAAGGGCUUCUGCAAUAAAUCUGGAGCACCUUGUACGUGAACUGAAUGAAGAACGAAGAGCUAAAAACGAUGAAAUUCUAAGGCUGAAGGAACAACUGAAUGAGUUGGAGAAUUUGCGUCUGGAAAUGGAGAUAUUGGUGGAGAACAACAGGAAUUUACAGAGCCUUGUAGAAGCUCAAAGACUAAGCAAGAACUGUGACCAGAAACAUCCUGAUGUGGAGUAUCUCAAAGAGAAAGAGGAGACGAUUGCUGAAGAACGACUUGCCAAGAAUAAAGCAAUAGAAGAGAUGCUGAAAAUGAAAGCAGAACUAGAAGAGACCAAAAAUACCCUCAAAAUCAAAGAGCAUACUUGUCUUGAAAUGACUCUGGAGAUGGAACGAACAAGAGCUUUGGAACUGAAAGCAUUUCAUGAAAAAGAAGAAAUUAGAUCAAAACUGGAAGAGACGUAUGAAGAGAGAGACAGAAUUGGAAAGGAAAUGGACUUGCUGAGGAAGCAGGUUGACUCUCUUGCUGAGGAGAAUGGGAAAUUACUUGGUCAUCAAAACCUAAACCAGAAGAUUCAGUAUCUUGUGAAACUGAAGAAAGAUUACGCUAAACUUACUGAGGAGACUGAAAAAUUACGAGUAGAAAACGCUUUUUUGAAAGAAUCAAAAAAAUGUGACAUCUGUAGACACCAUGACCAGCUAUACUGA